AUGUUUGUGCCUCGAACGAUAAAAAGACCUUCCUCAACUCCUGUCAAAACAAAUAAGAAAGUUAAAAAUAACAGCGAAGAGGUUGAAGAUCCUAUUAAGGAAUGCUCUUGUCAACAACGAGAAGCAUCGACUGGAGAACCAGUUUGUGUCGUUUGCGGAAAAUAUGGCGAAUAUAUUUGUGACGAAACGGAUCAUGAUGUCUGCAGCAUAGAGUGUAAGAAAAUAGAUAUAGAACGAACAAAGAAGAUAACAAAUAAUACUCCUGAGCCUUUACCAAAAGUUAUUCAGCCGGUUCCCAAAUAUUCACAUAAUAUCGCAGACACCACAUUUGUUUCAGGGGAUUUAUCACAAACGCUCUUACAAGUUUCCUCAGAUCUUUUUCAUGCACAAUUAACGACUUACUUACCACAUCCAGAAAUUAAAGUUUUAUCAAGUUUUCAAGUGCAAUCGAUUUUAUUGAAAAAUCAAAUUAUUGUACAGGGAAAAAAUAUUCCACGUCCUAUUACUAAAUUUGAACAUUGUAAAUUACCUCCAAAGAUGACCGAUAACUUGCAACAAGUCGGAUACCUACAACCAACAGAAAUUCAAAUGCAAGUAAUUCCAACAGUUUUAGUUGGACGUGAUAUAUUGGCAAGUGCUCAAACUGGAUCUGGAAAGACCGCAGCCUUCUUAAUACCAAUAAUCAUACAUACUUGGACAAUAUCACAAUUUCGUGAGGGAAAAGGUGGACCUUAUGCUAUAAUAAUGGCGCCAACUAGAGAAUUAUGUUCACAAAUCGAAGAACUAGCAAAAAAGAUGAUCAUAGGUUUACAAAACAUGAAAACAGCACUUAUAGUUGGUGGUAUGCCUAUAUCUAAUCAAAUUCACCGGUUGAAAAAAGGUGUACAAAUUGUGAUUGCUACACCUGGACGGCUCCUCGACAUAAUGAAUCAAUAUGAAGAAUUAAUAAUGACUAAUAUUCAUAUGUUUGUUAUCGACGAAGUGGAUAUGAUGUUUAAAAUGGGAUUUGAAAAUCAGGUUAAUGAAAUAAUAGAUAAAAUGACUUCACCAUCAAAAGGACGUCUGCAGAUUCUUAUGUUUUCAGCAACGAUCCCUGAUAAUAUUGAGAAACAAGCAAAUCUGUUACUUCAUGAUCAUAUAAAGAUUAUAGUUGGAGAACUAAAACAAACAAUUUUGUGGGUAGAAAACAAGUCUAAAAAAAAACAAUUAUUUUCAAUUCUAAAUGAUCCAAAAUAUUAUCGACCACCUAUAAUUGUAUUUGUCGAAUCUAAAAUGGGCGCAGAUUUAUUAUCACAAGCAAUUGAAAAAAAAUGUGGCGCACGGACUGUAAGUAUGCAUAGUGACAAAUCUCAAAAGGAACGAACGCAAAUUCUCCAAUCAUUUCUAAAUGGAGAGUACGAAAUUAUCGUUUCCACUGGUGUAUUAAGCAGAGGACUAGAUUUAUCCAUAGUAAAUAUGGUUGUAAAUUUUGAUAUGGCAAUUUCUAUUGAUGAAUAUGUUCAUCAAUGUGGUCGUGCUAGUGGUGGCACUCAUGGAUGGGCUGUUACUUUCAUUAAUGAGGAUCAUAAACAUCUUUUUAAAGAAUUUGUUUCAAUGUUGAAAAUGCAACCUUCCGGUAGAGUGACACCUUUACCGUCAAAAUUACUUAAUCAUGGAUUUACUUUGUAUGGAAAAUAA